AUGGCACGCACGACGACUGGCACCUCGGCCCACACCUCGGCGCAUACUUCCAACUCUCUCCUCGAUCUACCGCCGAUUUCAGCCCUGUUCUUGAUUGAUUUCGAUGUGAAAGCCGGUUAUACAAUUGCGUGGAAAAGAUCGAUUCCGGGCCUUGAGCUCGAAGGAGUGGUGGAAUACAAAAGCCUACCGUCGGGCCUUCACAGCGUCAAGGAUGAUUUGAUAUACUUCAUUCACGAGGCAGGUCAUGCCGGAGUUAGCGCCUUUAUCAAUGUGCCAUGCGAUGAGGAGGAAGCUCGCCAUGCUCGUAUGAUUGCUGUCGGCGUGCUUGUCCCUUUAAGCUUUGGCAGGCUUGGGAGAGCAUGGCGGCAUGCAGAGGCGCUGAAGGAUAUGGCUGCUAAGCUCGCCGUUGACCGGAAACGAACAACCAUCCUCGAAGCAUACUGGGAAAGGUGCAAAUCGAGCGCCGAUACUAAAGCACCGACACACAGGACAGAUGAGACCCCGAUAACAUCUCCUACCGUGCCGCUACAUAGCAUUCCCUCGAACCGAAGCAAGGGACACUCGAGAAAUCGAUCAGCCUCUGAUGGCGUCAUCUUCCAACCCGACCAUACGCUCUCUAAAUACCACCCGGCCCGCAGUUUGACCGCUCUACUCGACGCUUUCGGGCCUCUCAUCUUCCCAAUUCAUCGUGCAGCGAUGCUCCGUAAACGGAUAUUGAUUUCAUGCCACGCGCCUGUGCAUGAAGUCUGUAAUUUCGAACAGGCGCCUACACAUCGGUUGCGACCGCUAUUCACGAUUGGAGUUCACGAUAUCCCCUCUUUAGUGGCUUCAACUGCGCGACAACGGCAACAGCCAGGCGAAGGUGACGAUGAUGCUACUCUCAGAGAAGAUGAUGGAUCUUCUGGGUGGAUAGCAUGCACCACAGAUAGCAUACUGGCGAUGAAGGAAACACUCUGGGACGUCCUUAUCACGAUGCCGCCGCCAUUCUCUGCCAAUGCACAAACCAAAGUAUGGCCUACUGUGGAAUGUCCUGGUAAGAAACCCGUCAAGGCUACACAGCGUGAUUUGCGACGUUUCCGGGCGCUCAAGGCCGGUUUGGCUCGACUCGGAGCUGUUGCAAGGCCGAUUAGUUCUCAUGGCACAACUCAAUCACAAGCAUCACUCGACAUCCGCCCAUCGACUAGCGGCACUACGGUGGUCGAGGAUGAGUGCGAUGAGGCGCUCGAUAAGAUUGUUCAGCCACCGACCUGGGCUGAACUUGCUUAUGGAGGUUUCAUGUGGUGGGCUAGCGCCGGUGAGCAGCAUCGUAGUUAUGAACACGACGAGGCAGUCCACGAUGCCUCCCUUCUCGCGGACUGGGCUCCACUGCCGGCAACAGGAUCAAUAGCCAACCUCCAGUCACCUGGUAUCUUGCAAGAUCCGAUGACUGCCUCCAUACCCUCUCUUAACCAAGGGCGAGAAGACACGCACGAGGACGGCGGAGCCCGGGUUGAAUUGGCAGUCAUUGCCUUCUUCCACCGUUUAACAAUAGAUAUCCUCACCGUCAUCGGGGACGCAGUGGAAGCCGAUGACACGCCAUACACGGACGAUGAUUCAGACAACGGUGAUGCGGAGGCGCUUCUCUUGGCGCGAGAUGAAGAUGAGGAGAGUCGGCCUGUGAGAAUCGAUAGUACGGCAUUUGAGCUCAUGGGUCUUGACGUUUGGAACCCAUCGGACGCCGAGUUUAUACAGGAGAUUGCUCGUGUUUACUUUGACAGAUCUGUGCGCGUUGAAGGGAAGGGAAUCGAAGUCUGCGGGCUAAGGGUGUGCUAG